AGCAGGCUGGGCUUGCAAGACCAGCAGCUUUUUCUGCUCCUGAUCUAACAAGCGGCAACCGGAGCAACAGCAGCCCCGGCUCUCGCGUCUCCGUUUCUGGACCCCCCCCCCGACCCAGCGGAUCUGCAUGCGCCUGGAGCGAGAGAAUGGCAGUGCUCAAGCUCGCCGACCAGCCCCCGCUGGUCCAAGCAAUUUUCAAUGGUGAUCCUGAUGAGAUACGUAUGUUGAUCUACAAAACAGAAGAUGUCAAUGCUCUGGACACAGAGAAGAGGACCCCUCUUCACGUUGCUGCUUUCCUGGGGGAUGCAGAGAUAAUUGAGCUUCUAAUCUUGUCAGGGGCACGUGUCAAUGCCAAGGACAACAUGUGGCUGACCCCUCUGCACCGAGCAGUUGCUUCAAGGAGCGAAGAAGCAGUGCAAGUAUUGAUUAAACAUUCGGCUGAUGUGAAUGCCCGGGACAAGAACUGGCAGACACCCCUGCAUGUAGCAGCUGCAAAUAAAGCCGUGAAGUGUGCCGAAGUGAUCAUUCCGCUUCUGAGCGGCGUCAACGUCUCUGACAGAGGGGGUCGGACCGCGUUACACCAUGCAGCUCUGAAUGGCCAUGUCGAAAUGGUGAACUUGCUUUUGGCUAAAGCGGCAAACAUCAAUGCCUUUGACAAAAAGGACCGGAGAGCUUUGCACUGGGCUGCCUACAUGGGCCACUUGGAAGUUGUUGCAUUGCUGAUCAGUCACGGUGCGGAGGUGACAUGUAAAGAUAAGAAGGGUUACACUCCACUUCAUGCUGCUGCGUCGAAUGGGCAGAUCAAUGUGGUGAAACACUUUCUCAAUCUUGGUGUGGAGAUUGAUGAAAUGAACGUCUACGGAAAUACUGCACUUCAUAUUGCUUGUUAUAACGGGCAGGAUUCUGUGGCUAACGAGCUGAUUGACUAUGGAGCUAAUGUCAACCAACCAAAUAACAGUGGAUUCACUCCCCUGCAUUUUGCUGCUGCUUCUACACAUGGAGCUCUUUGUCUGGAAUUGUUAGUGAAUAAUGGAGCAGAUGUUAACAUUCAGAGUAAAGAUGGGAAGAGCCCGUUGCACAUGACAGCCGUGCAUGGGAGGUUUACGCGGUCUCAAACUCUCAUUCAGAAUGGAGGUGAAAUUGACUGUGUUGAUAAGGAUGGCAACACCCCUCUCCACGUGGCUGCAAGAUAUGGACAUGAGCUUUUGAUUAACACCCUAAUAACCAGUGGAGCUGAUGCUGCCAGAUGCGGCGUCCACAGAAUGUUCCCCUUACACUUGGCAGCACUAAAUGCCCAUGCCGACUGCUGUAGGAAGUUGCUGUCAUCAGGACAAAAGUAUAGCAUAGUAUCCAUGUUUAGUAAUGAGCACGUGCUGUCUGCAGGCUUUGAAAUAGACACCCCAGAUAAAUUUGGAAGAACGUGCCUCCAUGCCGCUGCUGCAGGAGGUAACGUUGAUUGUGUAAAACUCUUGCAGAGCAGUGGAGCAGAUUUCAAUAAAAAAGACAAACAUGGAAGGACACCUCUGCACUACGCAGCUGCAAAUUGUCAUUUCCAAUGUAUGGAGACGCUGGUGACCACGGGGGCCAAUAUUAACGAAACAGAUGACUGGGGACGGACGGCUUUACACUAUGCUGCUGCCUCAGACAUGGACAGAAAAAGAAAGAAUAUUUUGGGUAACUCCCAUGAAAAUGCUGAAGAACUUGAAAGAGCCAAUGAAAUGAAGGAAAAAGCAGCUGCAUUGUGUCUAGAAUUCCUUCUUCAAAAUGAAGCCAACCCGUCAAUCCAGGACAAAGAUGGGUACAAUACUGUGCAUUAUGCUGCUGCUUAUGGACACCGGCAGUGUUUAGAACUGCUUCUGGAGAAAACGAGCCACAUUUUUGAGGAAUCCGAUUCAACAGCUACAAAAAGCCCUUUGCACUUAGCUGCCUAUAAUGGUCAUCAUCAAGCCUUGGAGGUGCUUCUCCAGUCUCUGGGAGAUCUGGAUAUUAAGGAUGAGAAAGGACAUACUGCCUUGGACCUGGCUGCAUUUAAGGGACACACUGAAUGUGUGGAAGCGCUCAUCAACCAGGGUGCUUCUGUUAUGGUGAAAGAUAACGUCACCCAACGGACCCCGCUUCAUGCCGCAGUUAUCAAUGGACACACUCCAUGUUUGCGGCUUUUGUUAGAAGUAGCAGAUAACCCUGAUGUGACCGAUGCGAAAGGACAAACUCCCUUGAUGCUAGCUGUGGCUUAUGGGCACAUAGAUGCCGUCGCCUUGUUACUUGAAAAAGAAGCAUCAGUGGAUGCAGCUGAUUCCUUGGGAUGCACUGCUUUACAUCGAGGGAUUAUGACAGGGCAUGAGGAGUGUGUUCAAAUGCUGUUGGAACAAGAAGCAUUGAUAAUGUGUAAGGACGCCAGAGGCAGGACACCUCUACAUUACGCAGCAGCUCGUGGUCAUGCCACAUGGCUGAGUGAAUUGUUGCAGUUGGCGCUUUCAGAAGGGGACUACAAUUUCAAAGAUAAUCAGAGUUAUACACCUUUGCACUGGGCUUCUUAUAAUGGUAAUGAAGGCUGUAUAGAGGUACUGUUGGAACAGAAACCUUUCCGCAACUUUAUCGGGAACCCUUUCUCUCCAUUGCACUGUGCUGUAAUCAACGAUCAUGAAAAUUGUGCGUCGCUCCUCAUUGGGACGAUUGGUGUUGGCAUUGUCAAUUGUAAAGAUGACAAAGGAAGAACACCACUUCACGCAGCAGCCUUCGCGGACCAUGUAGAAUGCUUGCAGCUUCUCUUAAGCCACAAUGCACAAGUAAAUGCUGCGGAUAAUUCAGGGAAAACACCACUUACGAUGGCUGCUGAAAAAGGACACGUAGGUGCUGUAGAUUUUUUGGUGAACAGCGCGAAGGCUGAUCUAACUUUGAAAGAUAAGAACUCGAAUACAUCCUUGCACUUGGCUAGCAGUAAAGGACAUGAAAAAUGUGCCUUGUUGAUACUUGACAAGAUACAAGAACAGAGCCUUAUCAAUGCAAAAAAUAAUGCAUUACAAACACCUCUUCAUAUUGCUGCACAGAAUGGCUUGAAGAUGGUAGUUGAGGAGUUGCUAGCGAAAGGGGCAUGUGUACGAGCCGUAGAUGAAAAUGGUCAUACGCCAGCCCUGGCUUGCGCUCCUAACAAAGACGUGGCUGACUGCCUGGCACUCAUUUUGGCUACCAUGAUGCCUUUUUCUCCUUCCAGUACAAUGACGGCUCUCAACUUCGUUUCUUUUAAAAAAGACAAUUUGAGCAGGACUCACCUCUGCAAUAGCUCCAAUGCGAGCAGCGCCAUUGACUCCUAUAGCAAACCCUUAAGUAACGAUGUAGGAGCAGAAAAUGGAUACAAUGAAAACGAUUCUGAUUCGGAAACAUUUUGACUUCGGCAUUCAAUGCCCUUUUCCUCAGUUGCAUUUGGAUCUAAGUUGGUAUUAAAAAUUAAAAAAAGAAUAAAAAGGACAAUGAAUCCCAGAAUUAUAGUUGACCUUCACUUUUGACUGGAAUGAGUACAGUUAGGCAACGGAAGGCUUACAGUUGCCGUUAAACAGAGCCUUUAAGAAAACUGGUUUUUAUUGAAAUGCGUUCAUGUUAAUGUUCUGCUACUUCCAGCUGUCCUGCUUUCCAUAGGUCCUCGUGACUCCUGUGGAAGUCUCUACCUCCUAUUGUAUGCAGAAAGCAAAAGCUGCCCUAUUCCUUUUGACAGCACAAGUAAACAGGGGAACUGUUGUGUACAUAUCACGGUGUUAGCUAGGGUAUACUGCUAAUAUGAAGACAUUUUUUUCCAGUACAGUAUUUGUAGAUCAUGGGAAGAAACUCUCCACCUCUCUUCACUUUUAUUACCUAUAGUUAUCUAGCCUUCAUUUUUAGAUAUCUUUGUUAUACAAACCAAAGAUAAAUCCACAGGUUGUUUUCUUUUCGUUUCGUUUCUGUGUUGUUUGCAAGCACUGCACUGCCAGUAUCACCACUUUCUACGGAAAUUGAAACUUCUAAAUUCUACAUGAGAUGUAUUGAGCACUUAAGUACACAAAAGGCACUUUUAAAAGACAUCAGGCACAAUUUCAUUUGCAAUUUGAAAGUUUUAGGACCAAAUCUUGCUUGCCUCAGUCAUUGCACAUAUCCACCUGCAGCAAAGAGAUUAUCGGUAAAGCAGACAUUAUUUGCCUUCCUUUUUCAUUAUUUGGCACAAUCUUGCUUGGCUAUUUGCACUUCGCAGUUAAGAAUCCCUGGAAAUGUGUUGCCUGUGCUGUCAAGGCAAUGAUAUGUUUGAGAAAAAUCAGCUAUACAUUUAUAAUGCACCUACAUGUUUGUUGUUUGCCAAAAUGAAUUAUCCCCCCCCCUUUACUUUAGUGUUUAUAAGUUGUAUUUUUUUAAUCUUGAGCAUUUUCUGGUUUAAAUAUUCUGCAACAUCUGGGCUACGUCAUGUUGCUGUUGUCUCUAAUUACUAUUACUGUGCUUAAGCUAUACACAGCAGAUAAAACCAAAACAAGCGAAGUAAAAAAAACAAAA